CACCGCGGUUACCAUGGGGCUUCUCCAGCCACAUGUUUCCGUUCCCCGAGGUCGAGAUCCCCAUCUCUCCCUCCUGCAUCUCCUGCAUCUCUUGCGCCCCGUCUCCACGUCUAUUUCGUUAUUGAGGAAGAGUGAAAUGUGAUUGGCAAGCCAUUGCGACUGCGAUUGAAUAUCUCUAGAUGCGCUAUUAAUAAAACAACAAUUCCGCGAGCGCCAUGUCUUUUCCCCAGGAUUCUCGUCGCCGUCGCGGUGGAGCCGGCUCCGGCUUCAGCUCGACAGGCAGACGAACUGCCAUGGGCUACUGGAUUCCCUUGGCUCUCACUGUGGGAGUCGCGACGCUGAGCAUUGCAGCUUGGAUAUGGAGUGAACGUGAUGAGGACGACGAAGAUGACCGCCCCCACGAUGGGCGAGACGGUCAUUACCCCCCUCCACCUCCCGGCACCGUCGACAGCAGCUAUCCUCCUCCGUCGUACGAUACCGAGGACUAUGCGAGAGGUACAGGGACGGGUGCAGCACCCGGAGACAACCCUUAUGAUCCUAGCUUCAUGGGUCGUAUGCAAGGUGCUUUGCGCCGAACCCCGAGUCCGCAACAGCUCUUCGACGGAGCCAGCCGGAGAGUCAUGGCUGGCGUAACCGCAGCUGGUGCCUAUGUUGGUGGUGCGCUGACUUCGAUUCGGGAAGAAAACCGCGGUGACUUUGAGGAUCACACGAGAUGGUCUGAGGAGGCACAGUCCCGGGCUACCCAGAGCGAUCAACAGACCGCGGCUGCGCCCACUAUGACCGGCGCGCUACCGGGUCGUACACCAGCUGCUGGCCAGAAUCCAUUUGAAAAGAAGAAGAAGACCGUUGCUAUUGUUGUAUCAUCUCUUACCCCACCGGACUCUGACGAAUUCGCCUCCGAACACGCGUCUAUUCUGUCUCACCUCCCUGAACAUGUUGACCUUGAUACUUCUCGAAUCUUCGUUUUGAUUUACGCCCCAGAUCUCAAGCAUGCGAUUGGACAAGGUAGUACCUCUCGCCAGACCACCUCCAUUGCGUCCUCUUACUCCAACAUUGCAACCGAGGAGGCAAACUCUUCAGCCGAAUUGGUUGGGGAUCUGGCCAACGUGGAGCCCCAUCAAGACGACGAAUUGGAUGGCACAAGCCCGCUCUUCAAGACUUUAUACACUCAGGCCCAGGCGAUUGUUGAAAAGGAGACCAUGAUCAUGCCAUUCAGCACUGCCGGUGGCUAUGUCCACCUUGUGCGCCAUCUGUCACCUGACCUAGUUUAUGUCCAGGAAUCUCUGACCGGCAAUGAGGGAGACGCUGUCCAGCACAUCUCCGGCUGGGUUCGCCAGGUCAUUGUCGUGGUCGGCGAUGAAGGUGGUCGUGGCGGCCUCAUUGACAGCGAUGACGAAUCCGCUCUUGCUGAUAAGGGAGAGAAAUGGUGGCAAAAGGAGGGCACUAUUGGCAUCGGUAAGCGAAUUGAUGUCGUCGACGCUCUUCGCGUCGGAGACGACUGGCGCCGCCGAGUGCGUGGGUUGGACUAAACUACCCCCCCGAAACUCUCUGCCAAGGCCCCAUGAUGUUAAUGUUGAUACUCUUUCACCUGCAUGUCUAUAUUUGUUCUUAACUUCCCCCUGAUGAUUGUGUGCCUUCGAUUCCCCUCUGUCUUCUUCUUUUUGUGUUUGGUUGUGCACGGUUCGAUUAUAAUCCAGAAACGUCAGGUCACGGGGCCUAGAAACACUGGGAUACUGCUUAGCCAGUAUCUAGAUAGCUUCUAUAAUGCAGUCGCGUUGCUCUGAAUGAACCUUUUUUACUUGAUCCAAUGUGAU